AAGCAACCGCACAGUUGUUUGCGAGUUUUCAAGCGAGUCGGAGCGUCCGAUGCAGCAGCAGCGCCAGUAGCUCCAGCGGAUGCAUACAGUUGAAGUCUAGAGCUGUUUGUUCUACUCUACGUCUCAGUUUUGUUGUGGUGUCUGUGCCAGAGCUGCAGUAUGCCGUUUCCCAUACAUCCACCCAAGCAAAUGCCCUGCCCACACUGGCAGCACUUUCCCAUUAGCCCGGUUGACAGCAAGCCGGCGCCAUUUGGAAGCAGCAGCAACAACGAUGCGGCUGCGCCAGUUAACAAGCCACCGGAGCCGGUGUCCUAUCGCUACUGUGCCCACUGCAAGGCAGCUGGCAAGGAUGUGGGCGACAUCAGUAAGGACUGAAUGGAGCUACCAUCUGCACGCACUUUUCACCUUGGCGAUGACAUGGGCCACGCACUGAAUCCACCCGUUCCACAUAUGUACACGCGUCACCCGCUCACGAAUCCACAUAAACAUCACCAACCACCAGCCACACCACACCGAACCACUCACAAUGACAGUGGAACGCCCAACUAAUCUCAAGUGGGCCCGCCGCGAUGAGUGCAGCUUAUAAAUAUGUAUAUCGAAUUCGAAUUUGAUUUGUGUUCUUAUAAGAAUUUCGUAUAUGUUUGCCUUCUGCUCGUCAUUUACUUUGCGUUUUUGUUUCAUGUGCCAAUCACACUGAUAUCUACAUACAUACAUAUAUCAUGAUCUAUAUACUAUAUCUUUGUAUAUAUAUUUUUUUUACAUUUGAAAUGCUUAAGCUAAGAUUUUUCUACACAUUUAGAUUUGAGAACUAAAUUUGGUAAAAAAAAAAAAAAACAAAACAAAAACAUAACAAAAUAAACGCACGACGCAUAUAAAAACAAGUUUAUU